AUGAAUUCAGGUGGAAGAAAAUGGGAUCUUAUGCAUGAUGAAAUUGAAGCAAUGUUUUUUAAAGAGAGAGCCAUACUUGAAGCCAAGUACCAGAAGAUGAAGAUUGUUCCGGAAAUGACUGAGAUUAUUCUUGGUUUACAAGGAGAUGUUCCCGCGGAUUCUCGAAAAGGAGUUCCUUAUGUUGGUGGAAACAACAAGGUUGCUGCUUGUGCAAAGCAUUUCGUUGGUGAUGGUGGCACAACAAAGGGUAUUAACGAGAACAACACAGUGACUGACUGGCAUGGACUACUCAGUAUUCAUAUGCCUGGUUAUUAUAAUUCAAUCAUCAAGGGUGUAUCAACCAUCAUGGUUUCGUACUCAAGAUGGAACAGCGAAAAGAUGCAUGCUAACCGUGAUCUUGUUACUAACUUCCUCAAAGACACUCUUAAUUUCAGGGGAUUCGUCAUUUCCGAUUGGAAAGGUAUUGACAGGAUUACUUCACCAGCAGGCACCAACUAUACUUACUCCGUCCAUUCUGGGAUUAAUGCCGGCAUUGACAUGAUCAUGAUUCCAAUGAACCACACUGAUUUUAUCCAUGAUCUAACCUACCUGGUUGGGAAGAACGUAAUCCCCAUGAGCAGGAUUGACGAUGCUGUGAAGAGAAUUCUGAAGGUAAAAUUCAUGAUGGGUCUCUUUGAGAUCCCUAUGGCUGAUCACUGCUGCUUCUCGUAUGCUAUUGUUGUUAUUGGCGAGCAACCAUAUGCAGAGACAAUGGGGGACAACCUUAACUUAACAAUUCCUGAACCUGGUUUGAGCACUAUGAAGAACGUUUGUGGCUCUAUCAAGUGUGUUGUUGUUGUUAUCUAUGGACGACCUCUUGUGAUUGAACCUUAUCUAUCAUAUGUUGAUGCUCUCGUAGUUGCAUGGAUCCCUGGAAGUGAAGGUCAAGGUGUAUAA